AUGUUCGCAGUAGUCAGCCCCUCUUCAGCUUUGCUUCUUACUGUCCUCGCUACCGGAGCCCUGGCCAACUUCCUCGAAGAAUGCGACUUUCUCAGCUUCAGCCGCGGUGCCAACAGCAAAGACCCCUUCUUGCAUUACUCAUGCCCCAUCAAUGCGCCGCCGUACGUUUGGUGCUCGAAGUUGAUGCUAAGUGACUGCAUCGUCAACGACAAGGGCGUCCUCCGCGGACGUGAGAGGGGCAACUUCGGACCUACUUGUGAUAAGUGUCAAUACAAUGAAAAGACUGGCAAGCUGUCGUGCUGGUGCGGUGAUGGGGAAGGCAGAAUUCAUUGGAACUCGGUCAACCUCAGAUUUCGUCUGGCUUUCAGGCUCAAAGAUUGGAUGUUACGGGAUGAAGUCUGGGAGUACUUGUAG